CAAGUGCUUCUCCACGGUGAGCUCUCUGCGCUUAGGCGGUAGCCAAUAUUCGCCUCCAAUCCUUUCCGGCGCCUUCUCAUCCUCUGAUCAUCCGUUCUCCGGAGCUGGAAGUGCGUGGGAAUACCUAAUUUCUCGCCAGAGAGAUGUUUUCCAUGGAGCUAACAGAUGAGGUGUUGAAGAGCAUGGAAGUUGGAAUGGCCUUCAGAGAUUAUAAUGGUAGAAUCAGUUCAAUGGAUUUUCACAGAGCCACAAGUUAUCUAGUGACGGCAAGUGAUGAUGAGUCAAUUCGCCUCUAUGAUGUUCAAAAUGCCAUGUGUUUAAAGACCAUUAACAGCAAAAAGUAUGGGGUUGAUCUGGUUUGCUUCACUGAUAAUCCAAUGACAGUUAUAUACUCUUCAAAAAAUGGCUGGGAUGAAUCAUUGCGGCAUCUUUCUCUGAAUGAUAACAAGUAUCUGCGAUAUUUCAAAGGACACCAUGAUAGGGUUGUUUCUCUUUCCUUGUGUCCUCGGACGGAAUUCUUUGUCUCCGGCUCUCUUGACAGGACUGUUCUACUGUGGGAUCAACGAACAGAGAAGUCUCAGGGCCUUUUACGAGUGCAAAGAAGGCCUGCUGUUUCUUAUGAUGAUCAAGGAAUGGUAUUUGCAAUUGCAUAUGGAGGUUAUAUACGAAUGUUUGAUGCUAGACAUUAUGAAAAGGGUCCUUUUGAUGUCUUUUCUGUUGGUGGAGAUGUGUCUGAUGCGAAUGUAUUGAAGUUCAGCCCUGAUGGCCGGCUGAUGCUUUUGACCACAACCGACGGAUUUAUUCAUGUGGUGGAUUCCUUUCGUGGCACCGUUAUAUCAACAUAUAGUGUCAAACCAGUUUCAAGUAACGCAACACUGGAAGCAUCAUUUAGUCCUGAUGGAAUGUUUAUCGUGUCAGGUUCUGGUGACGGUAGCGUUUGUGCGUUCAGUGUUCGGACCGGAAAGAUUGCAUGCUGGGGGAGUACUGAUACUGAACCUCCAUUGAUCAAGUGGGCUCCAGGAAACCUAAUGUUCACUACUGGAUCAUCUGAGCUGUCAUUUUGGGUUCCUGAUUUAUCCAAGUUGGGAUCUUUUGCUGGCAUGAAGUGACAAUUCUGAUUGUCUUUCUUGUAAUUUUGAAUGCAAAGGAUCAACGCCCUUGAUCUACAUGAAAGCUGCUUACAUUUUUACCUCGCUCUAGACAUCCAGAUACUGGAUGCUUUAAGGGAUCAAUCUCCGCUUCCAAUUGUUUUCCCGUUUUAAUCUCAGUGCUCACUGAUUUGCAAAAUGUUGAGCACAAUGUGUCAUUAGAAUUGUAAAGCCUUUUCCUGUACAGUUUCAGUGGCAUGUAUUCUAUAUACACCUGUUUAGUUUC